CUAUUUUAUUAAUACAUGAAGAGGCUAAAAAAAUGUAAACAAUACUGGUUACGCUGAAUAAAUUAUUGUUAUUAUGAAUACGAAUUGAAAAUCAUUCAUUAAUUACAUUAUUAUUAUUUUAUUGACAUUAGAAAUUGACGUUUCACGUUUUCUGUCAUUUAUUGUUAUUGCAAAAUGUCAAAAAUUACAGAGCGCCAUCUGCAACGUCACAAUUUGAAAUUUCGCGCGGUUUCUACGGCGACGCUUGAUCGAUGCGAAAUUUACAAGAAAUCUUGCUCUACUAAUUUUUUUACAUUGGAAAUGGCUAGCAGUGGGAAAUUUAAACCCAAAACUAAGGAACUGAAAAAGCUGACAGGCGACCAUGACAUUAAGGAUUGUCCGCACGAAUUAAACCAUAAAUUCAUACAUCAGAAGAUUCAAAAUGCCUUGGAGGACAAGGAACUCGUCAAAGUUUAUUCGGAUAAAGGCGAAAGAAUACUAAUUGUGCCAGAUAGAAUGCCAGGAAAAAAUAUUGCAGGCAUAUGGCCCAAAACAGAAUUCCGAAGACUUACAAAUCAAGCCCAUGUUGUAACGUUAAAAGAUCGCAUGGCCUUGAUCGAGGAGGCUGAGCAGAAAAAAAUCCAAACGCAAAUCGAAAGCACCCAAAGAAAGGAGCAGUUAUUUAAAAGUUUCGUCAGACAGGAAGCGGUUAGAGGUAGCCCGUUGGAUACCGCCGAAUCUGAGGCAAAAAUGAAGAACGAAGGGCUGUUGCGAAGAUCUUACGAAAUGAUGAUCGAGGAGGAUCAGAGAGUAAAAGAAGCGAACCGGCUUAUUUUAGCCAGGAAAUGCCACUUCGUCAGAAACGCGCAGCUGGCCGAGAAAGAGCUCAUCAAAAAAGAACUGCUAGAUGAAGAUCAUAGAUUGGAUUUGAUGAUGGAGCAGUUCAGACAGCAAGGGUAUGCCUCCGAAAAACUGAAGAUAGAAGAGGAGGAGAAAAAUAAACAAAAGACUUUAGAAGGUGUCCGUCGUCAAUUAAAAGAGAUCGAAAUAAAUAAGAUAGUGGCUGCUGAAAAGCUCGAAGAAGAGAGCAGAAUAAUGCUGAAAUUAAGGCAGGCCUUGCAAAAGGCCCAAAUCGAAGAGGAAGAAGAGAAGCGCCAGGUGCAACUGAAAAUGAGGAAAGAUUACGCAAAAUCGUUCGAGGAGGUGCAAAUGUACAAGAAGAAGCGGGAGGAGGAGCAACGAAUUGCCGACAUGAGAAUUAGCGAAUUUUUAAGACAGAAACAGGAACGCGAAGAGGCAAGGGAAAAAGAGAUGGCAGAACAAAAGCACAAGAAGGAAAUAGAGUUGGCGAGGAUGGGGGAAGCAAACAAAAAAGAAGCCGACAAGUUGGUACAACUGGACGAGUUAAACGCCUUAAAAGCGAUGGAAGAUAAAGAACGGGAAUGGCGCGAAAAAGAACUAGCUGAAGCACUUAAAGAGAAGCAGAAACGAGAAGAUCUCAUACAGGCAAGGGAAAAACAGAUGGACGAUAUAAGAAGAAUCAAAGCUUGUAAUUUGGCCAAGGAAGAGGAUUAUUUCCUGAAGAACAAUAAAAUUCAAAAAGAACAAUUUGAAAAGGACCAAAAAGAAAAGGCAGCAAAACAAGAAGACGCACAUAAAUUUUCCAGAGAAUUAUUGCUGCAAAUAAACGAAAAGGAGAAACAAAAAAUUAAAGAGUUUGCAGAUAAGUUUGAGGAGGGAAGAGCUCAAAGAUUGGAGGCUGAAAUGAAAGAAAGACAAGUUGAAGAGUACUUAAAAAAUAAGAUUCAGAAAUUAAGGGAGUGCAACUUACCAGAAGCUUACAUUCAAGAUAUUCAAAAUCAGCUGAAAAUGAAAUAAAAAUAUUCUUUACACAAUUUAUUUAAAAUGAAAUAAAACAAUAUGUAUUUUAAUAAAAACCUAUGCUUUAAUAUCUAUUUGUAGGCACAUCAUAGUGAUACUUAAAAUACUUGUACAAAAACUAUAAUAUAAUAAUCAAAAUAAAAUCUUAAAAUUAGUGGGAGAUAUAAUACAACAUAUUAAGUUUAAAAAUUUUGGAAAUCCCACAGUUUACUCUAAGAAUGAAAUUGUCCACAAAGUCCCCUUAUUUUAUUGCAUACAAUAUAGGAUAUAUUACAUUGCAUGCAAUAAAACCCAUAGGGAAACACAAAUUAAAUAAAACACAUGUUUUUAGUUGUAAAAUUGAAUUGCUUAAUUUAAAAACGAGUAAAUUCUAUUAUGUCAACUUUCUACAAAUCAUUUGGCGGUUCAUUGCAAAUAUUUUCGUUAUUGGUUAUAAAUAUUAAAAUUUUGACUUUAUUUACUUGAGUAUUCAUUAAAAACUUAUCUAGCGCUGUCCGCAAACUUUAGCGAGAUUGUCUCUCAAGGUUUGCAGCUGACGCCUCGUUUCCGGGUCAAGGUCCGGAACCUGCGACAUUCUCAGCCCCCUUUCCGGUUGCAGGGUGAACAUCCUGCCAUCAUUCAGGGGGAUGUUUAUGUUGGCAACACUUUCACUGACCACACUUCCGGUGAAGAGAGGACUUCCUUGCAGAGAUAGCGCCAUCUCUCCCUGUUUUGGCCUCCUCAGAAGAACCUGAGGAGUGUUGGGUUUUAC